ACUCAUUGUAUCAUUACAGAUUGUCUACAGAAUGUUGGAUUCUCCCCAUCUUCAUUCACUGAGAAUUCUCCUCAGUGCAGACUGCAACACAAACGGGAAAAGGAGGAGAAGAUAAAGAAACCAACAAAAGGAUCAGCAAAUUUGACAGCAUCCUCUUUGCAUUCCAGUUCUCUUCCUGCAAGAGAAGCCAUCAGCACCGACAAACAACAAAGGCAUAAUACAGAUCAAGAAGCUUUGUGUGUUGGCCAAGAGUGUGGACAAGCUUAUAAAAGCAAAUCUGAAUAUAAAGAUCUUAAGUCAAAUUGUACAACACCAAAGCUGUUUUGCUGUUCUGAAUGUGGCAAACGAUUUUCGGACAUUUACAAUCUCCAAAGACAUACAAGAAUUCACACUGGAGAGAAGCCAUAUGGCUGUGCCGAUUGUGGUAAAAGAUUCAUUAAAAGUAGCAGUCUAAAGAACCACACAAGAAUUCACACAGGAGAGAAGCCUUAUUGCUGUUCAGAAUGUGGGAAAAGUUUUACAGAGAGUACCCAUCUGCAGAAACACAAAAAACGAAUUCACACGGGUGAAAAGCCUCACUGCUGUGCUGAAUGUGGCAAACAAUUUUACGACAGCUACAGACUCCAAAAACAUAAAAGAAUCCACACUGGAGAAAAGCCUUAUGGCUGUGCUGAAUGUGGCAAACGAUUUGCUGACCGUAGCCGUCUUCACACCCACACAAGAAUGCAUAAUGGAGAAAAGCCAUAUUGCUGUUCUGAAUGUGGGAAACUAUUUUCUGAUAUCUACAAGCUCCAAAUUCAUACGAGAAUCCACACUGCAGAGAAGCCAUAUGGCUGUGCCGAUUGUGGAAAAAGAUUCAAUCAAAGUAGCCGUCUUCAGAGCCACACAAGAAUUCACACGGGAGAGAAGCCAUAUGGUUGUUCUGAAUGUGGGAAAAGAUUCAAUGACAGUAGCAACCUUCAGAAGCACAAACGAAUUCACACAGGAGAAAAACAUCAUUGCUGCCCUGAUUGUGGGAAACAAUUCUAUGACAGUUACAAGCUCCAAAGACAUAAAAGAAUCCACACUGGAGAAAAGCCUUAUGGUUGUGCUGAAUGUGGCAAAAGAUUCACGGACAGUAGCAAUCUUCAGAGCCACGUGAGGGUUCAUACUGGAAUUAAGCCAUAUUGCUGUUCUGAAUGUGGCAAAAGGUUUACAGAGAGCAGCAGUCUCCGUGAGCACAUCCAGAUUCAUACUGGAGAGAAGGCAUAUGGCUGUUCUGAAUGUGGAAAACGAUUCACAAGGAAUAGUGGUCUUCUGAGGCACAUGCAAAUUCAUGCUCAAUAGAAGCUGUAUUGCUGUUAACAUUCAUUUUUACUGAUUAAAUAUGAUUAUUUAUUGAUUUACAUUAAAUGACUUAUGUGCUUGUUAGCUGUUAGCCUUUGCCUUUUAGCACUCCUAGAAAACAUUUUAAGUAAAGUCACUUGAUCCAUUCCCUGCUGCUAUUUUAGUACAAGAACAAGUAUUGUCAAUGUCAAUCUAUACUAAUAAAAGGCAAAGCCCUCACUGACUCACUCACUCAUCACUAAUUCUCCAACU